GGAGAGACAGGCGGGGCGAGUGAGCCACACAGCCACCAGGUACAGACCGCACAGUGGCUGGCUGUCUUAUAGGAGCAGCGGAGGAGGAGGAGGAACAGCUGCCGUGAGAUGAUUACCCGGCCUUAUUAGAGGGAGGUGCAUGCGGGCACGCUCUUCACAUCUUGCACCACCACCACCACCACGAACCAUCCGGCUUGAUCAGCAUCAACUCGGGUGGGCGGCACACGACGGACACGACAGGGAGUCUUUGGAGCUUCUUCUGGACAAGCUACCACUACUUCUUACCCGUCCGUCUCUCCACCCGGCCCAUUUUUUUGUACAUUCUUUCAGGAUAUUUGAUUAAGCUUCUGAGCUUCGGGUCACGCUUUUCUGUGUGUGUUUAAAUAAAAAAAAAUCCCGCGUUUGAUGUUGUUAUAUCGCUAAAGUUCAGGAGUUCCCCCGUACCAGCGGUGCGCCUGGCAAUACCAUCAUCAUCCUCGUCUCAACUGGUAAGCUGUGAUGCGUGCCCUGGCGACGUGUCUGACGGCGUGCCUGGCCCUCCUGCUCAUCCUCCUCCGAGGCGUCGCCAGGGGCCAGGGCUCGCUCACGGUUGACGAUGCUGCGGGGGGCCCGCCGCUGCUGCCCGAGGGGACCGGCUCAGGCCCGGUCUGUGCCAGCAAGUCCGUGGACCUCAUAUUCAUCAUCGACAGCUCGCGGAGCGUUCGGCCACGCGAGUUUGAGAAAAUGAAGCUCUUCAUCACGGCCAUCAUCGGCAACCUGGACAUCGGGCCGGACGCAACGCGGGUCGGGCUCAUCAAGUACGGCAGCACGGUGCACCACGAGUUCUCGCUCGCCACGCACCGCCACAAGGCGGAGAUGGUUACUGCCGUGGAGGCCAUGGAGCCUCUGGCGACUGGCACCAUGACGGGCCUGGCCAUCGAGUACGCGAUGACGGUGGCCUUCACGGAGGCGGAGGGCGCCCGGCCGGCCCGGUCCCGGGUCCCGCGCAUCGCCAUCGUGGUGACUGACGGGCGGCCCCAGGAUCAGGUGCGGGACGUGGCGGAGCGUGCGCGCCGCGCCGGCAUCGAGAUCUACGCGAUCGGGGUGGACCGGGCCGACCCGCUGUCACUGCGCCUCAUCGCCUCUGAGCCGGCUGACCAGCACACCUACUACGUGGAGAGCUUCGACGUCAUCGAGAAACUCAGCACGAAGUUCCAGGACAAGUUCUGCGGGCCCGACAUCUGUGCUCUGGUGGCGCACGGCUGCGAGCACCGCUGCGUGUCCGGGGGUGGCGGCACCUACACCUGCCGCUGUGACAACGGCUACGAGCUCAAAGAGGACGGCAAGAGCUGCCGCCUCGUGGACCCAUGUGCACUGGAAGGGCAUGGCUGUGAGCACGAGUGUUUCGGCGAGGGUGGAGUGGUCCGAUGUCGGUGCAUGGAUGGGUUUGUGCUCGAUGUGGACAAGAAGAGCUGCCGGAUUGCGGAUCCAUGCACCCUCGGGGAGCAUGGCUGUGAGCACCGCUGCGUGAGCACCCCAGACUCGUACUUCUGCAAAUGCGACGAGGGCUUCGUGCUGAACGACGACGAGAGGACGUGCUCGAUCGCCGAUCCCUGUGUGCGGGGCGACCAUCGCUGCGAGCACCACUGCGUCCCCAAGGGUGGCGGGGCCUUUGAGUGCGAGUGCAACGUGGGCUUUGCGCUCAACGACGACAGGAGGACGUGCCGCGCUCUCGAGUGUCGCGUGAGCCACACGGACCUCGUCUUCGUCAUCGACAGCUCCAAGAGCAUCACGCCCGAGAACUUCGAGCUGGUCAAGGGCUUCGUCGGGCAGAUCGUGGGCUCGCUGGACGUGGCGCCGGAGCGCUCCAGGGUGGGCCUCGUGCAGUUCUCGCACCGCGUGCACCCGGAGUUCCCGCUGGGGCGCCACUCGAACGCCGCCGGGGUGCUCGGCGCCGUCGCUGCCCUCCGCUACGUGGGCAAGGGCACGUCCACGGGACAGGCGCUGCGCCACCUGGCCCUGAAGAGCUUCUCGGAGGGCGAGGGCGCCCGCGCGCCCUCGCAGAACGUCACGCGCGUCGCUGUGGUGUUCACCGACGGGCGCGCCCAGGACAACAUCACCGAGUGGGCCUCGAAGCUCAAAGAGAUGGAUGUGACCGUGUACGCCGUGGGGAUCGGCAAGGCGGUAGAGUCGGAGCUGCGAGAGAUCGCCAGCGAUCCGGACAAGGACCACUUCUACUACUCCACCGACUUCUCCGCCAUCAGCCGCAUUGCGGAGAAGCUCAAGCUGCGCAUCUGCGCGGAGGAAGUGAAGAAGAGUCUGUCUGUGAGCGACCCGUGCCAUUGCGAAGCGGCACUUGAGUUCAGGAAGCACGUGCUCUCCCUCAUCGAGAACCUGCAGCAAAACUAUGACAACCUGGCGAGCAAGGUGGCUCGCCUAGACAACAGCCUGCACCUCCAAGGGAAGUAGCGAGGAACAGCCGUCACGACUCGCUUCUUACCACUGCACGUGUGUGCACAGUCUGGCGAGUGGACUGCCCAUGGAGUCCCCUGCACCGCUGUCCCAUCAGCUCUUCAUACAGACACCGUCUGCCACCCACAAGUAGUACAAACGUGUCGUUUUUCCAUGCCGUUUUGCAAGGCCAUUUUCACACCGGGCAAUCGUUGAGACAAGGUGCGAGUAAGGAACAAGCCUCUAGCCAAUGGGAUCUGAGUAAAUACUUGAGGCUUGUCAAUGUGUAUGCCAGGAUGAGGUGACCUAGUAUGGGAUGGAGAAUUGGAUCGAUCUAGUAUUGUCAUUGCCCUGAUGUUAGAUAUGUGCUUGAUCAUUAAAUCCAAGUCAUCUAGAAAAAAAAAUUCCAACUUUGCCAAAUAGAUGGACAAUGUCCCAUAACGUUUGGGAGCACACAUGUGCGUUUAACACUGGCUAGACAUUUGUUAAAGAAGCAACGUUGGUCGGGUCAUCUACUGUCAUGUUGUUUCCAACUCAUUACAUUACUUGCCCUAGUGAAUAGAAAAUGUGCCAGUUGUGAAAAGGCCUUAAUGGUGCAUGGAAACAUAUUAACCACAUGCUAGCCAUGCAUGGUUAUCUUCAAAAUAUGAACUACUCUUCAUUGGGUUUCUUUUUUAUAUUUCCUCUGUAAUUGUUUUUUUAUCAACUGCUCUGCAUAUCAAUGAGUAAACAUGCAUAAACUGUAAUGAACAAGGCAAUGUAAGGACUUUCUUUGUAAAUUGAUGUUCGUGUAUUAAAAUAGUAUUCGAGCACUAGACAAUCAUUUAUCAUGAACAUUGUAUUCGUCAUGUACCCACACAAUUACCUUAACAGUCUCCUUAACGUCCUGUAUUCUUGUGGGCCUUGUAAAUAACCUCUGGGUUUUGUUAAUGCAUUGCUAUUGUAGGCUUCACAAUUACCCAACCAGAGACGUGUGGGAAUUUUCCAGGUACAGUCCAGUGCAGACUUAUUCACCCAAGGUUAUUUACGAAACGCUCAGCCAGACCACGACUGCACUUAAUAUUCCUAUGGACGUGCACCACACUUCCCGUCUCCCAUCAGCCACCAGAUUUAAGUCCUAUGUACGACGGUGAGAGUCCUCUGUACUUCAAACAGGGAAUGUAUAAAACGUUUGUUCAUCCACGAGCAUGGGCAUAUCCAUGUACAGUAUAGCAGUUGAAGCCAGCCCAUACAAUGUAUAUUGUUGUAGUGACAUGUUUUCGUGCUUUACCAAGCAAAACACACACACACUCUAGUUAAAGGACAACCUAUGAGACAACUACACCACGAAGUACUUUUAAUUUGUUUUGUAUUCUGGCGUAACAAUACUGUAUUGUGAAGUGUAGUUAUGUGAUGUAAUUACAUUAAAAAACAGAACCAAUUGAA